AAAAAGCAAUAGAUCCAGACCAUCUUAGUCUUAGUAUACAAUUUUUAGUAAUGUUGAGAAAGGAAAAACUCUUUUUAAUUACCUGUUGUAUAUAUAGACAUACAUAUGUAAGCUAUAACAGUUUGUCAUAUUCCGAACCACUGUGUGCCAUAAAGCAAAAUAUUUGAUACUCGGAUGCAGACAGGAUGUGGCACAAGCUCUGCACAGCUCACAGCUGGCGUUCCGCUGCUUGCUUGUUGGGCAACACUUUCAUACGGACUGGCGACAGCAGCAUCAGCAGAAGCAGGAGUAAGAGCACCGACAUCAGGGACAGAGGUCAACCGACAUGUGCCCAUGUGCAUGGCCCAGAACAUGUGGGUUGUAGAUUCAUAAUUUAUGAAGGUAAACAAACACUUUUGGCCUCUGGCGAGUUGGGGAUGACCCAAUUGGUGCUGCAGCAUUUGGAGCGGGGCAUUAAAGGAUUUACCAUUUAGGGGGCGUGGCGUGGCUAAGCAUUUUCGGAUUGCCUGUCGGACCGCAGAGUGCAGACGCUCUAGCUGCAAAUUGUGACGAACCGUGGCUUCAAACUUUGGCACAUUCACCAAAUUAGCCAAGUGCUCAGAGCACGAGCACGAGAGCACGAGCGCAGGAACGAGCACAAAAUCCCUUAAUAUUACAAAAUUUAUACAAAAGCAGCAGACAAACUUCACUUAUUUGGCAUAACGAGCUGCACUCAAACUUUUAUGAAAGCGCACUGGGAUUGGGGCAGCAAUCCCCUUUUUAUCCUGCUGGUCCUUGAAUUCGGAUGAGCAUGUGCUCGCCACAGAACGCCUUACGGCGCAUU